AUGGCUCUCGCUUUAAUUGACUCCAAAAGUUCCUCAAUCGCAGCAAACCUAAGCCCUCUGAUUGGCGAAAACUACGACCUCAAGCUAACCCAAUCAAUUCAAAACCUUUUAGUUGAAAUUCGCAAGGAAAACCCCAAAUUCUCCCACUUCAUCCAAGUCUUCUACGACCUAAUGCAAGCUCAAGUAGACCCACCUCUCGAAUCCAUCUGGGUCUAUGCCGCAUUGACGUUUCGUAGCCGUAAUCACCCAAAAGAGGACCCUUUGAAUCGAAUAGCAGCCGCAAAAGACUUAUUUCAGCUGGUGUCCUCGUGCUCAGCUUCGGUCAGUUCUUUGAAGAGCAUCGCAUUGCUUGCUCCAGUGGUUUAUGAGGUGUACAAUGUGGUUGUUGAUUUGUUUAAGAGGGACUUGUCAUUGAAAGCAGAGAAGAAAGUGAUGAAAGCAGUUCAGAAUUUGGUAGGAGUGGUUCUUGGUUAUGCAAAUGUGUGUUCUUGCAAGGAGAAUGAUGGUUCAACUGGUUCAAGUUUGAUUACUCCUUUUGCGGAUUUAAUUCGUGUUUGGAUGAACUCAAAUGAGGGAUCAGAAUUUUUCUUACCUUUAGUGAGCAGUGACGUGUUUCGGGGGCUUAGUGAGAGAGAAGGUGAUGUGGGUUACUUGGCAGGAGUUGUUAUUGCAGAGGUGUUUUUGUUGAAACUGUGCCUGAUUUUCAAACUUGGGACUUCAACGAAGGAGUUGGAGAUAGAGUUAAGGACUUGGGCUAUUGCUUCCAUUACCGGAUUUCAGAACUUUUACCUUUUUGAGGUGCUUGUGAGGAUGCUGCUGGAGAAGACUUUGCCUGUUACCUCCCUUUUGAGUUCUGAAGAUGAAGUUUUGUUGAGGCAAGUGCUGUAUGAUUCCAUCAUAUUGGUUGAGUAUUCUUUCCUCAACCCUGAGAGAGUAAUUCACUUACCUCCUGAGCACAUGAAAAGUAUAGCCAUGAAAAGAUUGAUUGUUACUCAUGAAGCAGUGGAGUAUUUCAGGGAGCAUGGGGAUCAGAGGAGAGCCAUCUCUUAUGUAACUGCGUUUUCCAGUUCACAAUUAUCUUCCCAAAUAAUUAAAUGGGUAAAGAAUCAGAUUCCUGAGGAUGACGGUGCAAUCAGAUCAAAGGGCACUUCACCUAAAGCUCUUAUAAAGUGGCUUCUUAACCUUGAAGAUCAUGGCUUAAGAGUAUUUGAUGAUAGCAUGGAAAACUUUCGUACUAAACUGGUUCAUGAGAUGUCCAAAUCAGACUCUGAGCAACCGGCUUCUAAGUUGGAUAGCAAGAAAGUGGAUGAUGAUCUUCUCUUUUACAUAGAUAACAAUGGAGACGAGGAACAUGCAGAUGAGGAGAAUGAAAAGGUGAAAGAAUCAAUGAGUGCUGCGUUUGUAGCUGCUGCGCAUACAAUGACCUCAUCAGAAAAAAGAGGAAGAAAACGGAAAGAGGGGAAAACCCCUGAGAAGAAAGAGAAGAUAAAAUUUGUAAAGUAUGACCUUCGUUGUAACUCUGACUCAGCUGGUGGGAGGUCCUCAUUCAUCAAUAAUGAUAGCCUAAACAGUGGGAGUGAAGUCGAGAAUCCCCUCUCUGAUGAGGAUACAGAAUGA